CGAGCUCUGCCUACAGCCGGUUAUUUGACCUAGAACGAAGCCUGGGGCUACAGUUCGACGCCACCUUGCUGCUGGUAUAGCCAGGACCGAGCCGUCCGCCACAGCACCACUAUGGAGAACGAGGCAGCAGUGCUGCGCGACGCCGCGGCCGACGCCCAGGCCGUCUACACCUUCGUGGGCUGGAUGCUCGUGAUCGGCGCUCUUUCCCUCGUCGCGGUCCAGCGGCGCAAGCUCAAGAGCGCGUCCCUCUACGACCGCCGCUCCAAGGCAUAAUGAGCAGAGCGCUGCGCGAGCUGGAGCGCGACCUCGCGGCGACGCGCCAGACGCGCGCCGCGGUAGCCGCUGGCGACGUCGUCGACAUGGAGGACCCGGACGUGCAUGCUACGGACGACGCAUUUCUGAACCGCCCGACGCUCUUCGACGACCUGGCACGGACCGAGGCCCGCGACGAGCUCGCGGAGGAGGACGCGCGGGCCGCCGCGGAUGCGGCGCGCCACGCAUGUUUAAGGGAGGCGCUCGCCGAAGCGGUGGCGCGGGCCGCGCAAGCCGUCGCGUUCCGCCUGCCCGAUGAUGUCGCGAAGCAGGUAGGCCAAUUCGCUGUCGACGCGGACUGCCUCCGCGACGAGUUCUGCGCAUGCGGCCAGGUGGGCAACUUCGCUGUCGACGCGGGCUACCUCUGCGCAUGCGGCCCGGUGCGCGCCCCAACACUAAAAUUCGGCGCGGUCCCGCGCGUCACGCUUGUGUCAUGCGCGACGUGCGGCAAAUGCCGGGCGCUCUCGAGCGGCCCGGGAGAGCUGGACGUCGUCGACGCGGGGUCGCCCCCGGGCUUUUUGUUGUCCCGCCACUUCGCUCGGGUCGCGAUCUGCCGUCACAAGGACUCUGCAGCGGGAGUUCCAAUCGUGCAGCGCUCCCCGGAUUCGGUCUGGCACAAUUUUCGGGCAGCCGUGGCGGACGAAUGGGUCACCGGCACGGCGCGCUACAGGGUCACACUCGGGUGCAUUAUGCGCGGCGCGGUCGCGAUCGGCGUCGCCAGCGCGCGGGCCAAAAUCAACGACACGAAUCACUGGAUCCCCGGCGGAGAAUUGGAGACCGUUGCGUUCGUGUCGGGCGCUGAAGACGUCACGCCGGGGCUGUACGGGCGACUGCACUGCGACAAAAAUUGUCCAGCGGGGGCUAGGUGUCAGCGAUGCGCCGAUGGUGUUCACCUUCUGCCCCAUAAGCCAUGGCGAGAAGAACUAAGGACGGGCGACGUGGUGGAGGUGGUGAUCCAGCUCCGCGACGUCCAAUUCAUCGUCAACAACCGACUCGUGGGACACCUACCGAAGCCGGCGGGGCGGCUGCGGGUGUGCGUCGGAUUGAUGUACGCGCGCGACACCGUGCGCAUCGAUCGCUUGUAAGAAUCUUAACA